GGGCGGGGUGGAUCCAGCCGGUGUCUCCUCUCUGCUGCAGCGGCCAUGCUGCUGUCUGCCGCCUCGCUCCGCGCAUCCCGCUCUUCCGCAGGUGAAAGCGGCCGCCGCUGCAUCUCCUAGUCCCGGGUUGAGCCACAGGCUCGGCGCCGCUAGGCUCGGCCGCUGCGGUUCGCCCCAACUGGAUCCGCCGGAACGGUCCGGAACGCGGCGGCGGUGAGAAGGGGGAGGAAGAGGAGAAAGGCUCCUUAGCAACAAACCGGUUUCACGGCAUUAUUGGGAUGGAUGGGACACUGAGGAUUGAACUUUGACCUGUGCCAAAAAACCCAAAAUGUACUGGAUCAGAGUGAUAAUGGUUUAUUGAUUAGGGUUUACAGCAGGACUGGUUUCGCUUGGUUUGUUCGAAAGCCAGACAGCAGAGGUUAUGGUUGGGUCAGUGAGACUGCAGUGAAUCAGCCUCAGGGAUUGAAUAUAGGAGGUCUAAGAUGAUUGGCAAGUCUUCUUAGUGUUCAUCCAGAACUCUGAGGUUCUUGAUUGGCUAAAUUCUUAGCUUGGCAUUUUUAAGGUCCACUGUACCGUAGAGGACCACUGGAUUUACACCAUAUCCCAAUCUGAAGACAUAUUCCUGAACUACACUGGACCAGAAUUGGUGACACUAGAUCAUAACUAGAUUUACAAUCCUAAUACUUUGAGGACCAAAGGUGACUGGUUUGAAGGGGAAUAGUUGUCCUCUUGAACUGGGUUCGGACCACUUGACUAAGAAUUGACUCGUUUUGUGUAUUGGAAUAUGAAUCUUAAAUCAGAUGAACUCUGAGUGCAACUGUAACCUCAUCCGCCAUGUCUCUCAGUAAGACCCUUGAGUUGGAGCAUUUCGAUGAACGGAACAAGGUCCGCCGGGGACGCUCCACCCGACCCAAACGGGAUGACUCCACCGGCAGCGGUGGGGGUUCCGGCCCCAGUUCCAGGGGCAGCAGCCUGGUUCCCAGUCCUGCCCACAGCACCAACUGCAGCUACUACAGGACCCGCACCCUGCAGGCCCUCACCUCAGAGAAGCGGGCCAAGAAGGUCCGGUUCUACCGCAAUGGGGAUCGGUACUUUAAGGGCCUGGUGUACGCUGUUUCUAGUGACCGGUUCCGGUCGUACGACGCGCUGCUGAUGGAGCUUACUCGAUCAUUAGCAGACAACCUUCAUCUGCCACAAGGAGUUCGUACGAUCUACACCAUAGAUGGCAGCAAGAAGAUUACCAGUAUGGACGAACUGGUGGAAGGCGAGUGCUACGUCUGCGCCUCAAACGAACCCUACCGGAAGGUCGACUACACCAAGAUCUCCGUCCCGAGCUGGAAGCCCGGCGCCGGUUCCGGAACCGCCACGUCCGCCUCCAGCCGGACCCCGACGCCGUCCACCGGAGCGUCGACGACCGCCAGCGCCGUCGCCAAAGACCGACCCGAGGGCCGGGAGGGCAGGGAGGGCCGGGAGAGCAAAGACUUCAUCAAACCCAAACUGGUGACGGUGAUCCGGAGCGGCGUGAAGCCCCGCAAGGCGGUGAGGAUCCUGCUCAACAAGAAGACGGCGCACUCCUUCGAACAGGUGCUGGCGGACAUUACGGAGGCCAUCAAGCUGGACUCCGGAGCGGUGAAGAGGCUCUACACGCUGGACGGGAAGCAGCUGACCUGUCUGCAGGAUUUCUUCGGGGAUGACGAUGUGUUCAUGGCGUGCGGGCCGGAGAAGUUUCGGUACGCGCAGGACGACUUUGUGCUGACGCAUUCUGGGAAAACAGCGGCCUUCGUGAGCGAGUGCAGGACCAAAACGCCUCGUCCAGCCGCUCCUCAGAAAACUCCCAAAACUCCCAGCAGCUCCGGCUUCUCCUCCUCCAGGACUCCACCCAAAGGUUUAUCCAGGUCCAAAUCACCGAGCUCAGCCAAUGAGGCGUCAGGAUCCCAGUCGGCUGUAAAGUCCAACAGAUCCAGUCCGUCUCCCACCAGUCCCGGGACGCGACGCAACUUAAAGAUCUCUCCUCGCCGAGCGUCUUCCACGGAUGUGAACGGCGAAGCCGAGCAGCCGGACGACGCAGAGGAAGUGAACGGAAACCGAUCUGUUUCGUCCUCCACCAUCAACGAGAAAUACAAGGUGGGAAAAGUGAUCGGAGACGGAAACUUUGCUGUGGUGAAGGAGUGUGUGGAGAGGUCGACCGGACAGGAGUUCGCUCUGAAGAUCAUUGAUAAAGCUCGAUGCUGCGGGAAGGAACACCUGAUCGAGAACGAGGUGGCGGUUCUGAGGAGGGUCCGGCAUCCCAGCAUCAUCCAGCUGAUCGAGGUGGACGAGACGCCCACGCAGCUCUUCCUGGUCAUGGAGCUCGUUAAGGGCGGCGAUCUUUUCGACGCCAUUACCUCCUCCACAAAGUACAGCGAGCGAGACGCCAGCGCCAUGGUGUUCAACCUGGCCGGCGCCAUCAAGUAUCUACACCGGAUGAACAUCGUCCACCGAGACAUCAAACCCGAGAACCUGCUGGUGUGCGAGUAUCCGGACGGCACCAAGUCCCUGAAGCUGGGCGAUUUCGGUCUGGCGACGGUGGUGGAGGGUCCGCUGUACACCGUCUGCGGCACGCCGACGUACGUGGCGCCGGAGAUCAUCGCCGAGACCGGUUACGGUCUGAAGGUGGACAUCUGGGCGGCAGGAGUCAUCGCCUACAUCCUGCUCUGUGGAUUCCCUCCUUUCAGAAGUGAGAAUAACGUCCAGGAGGAACUAUUUGAUCAGAUCCUCAGAGGGAAGCUGGAGUUUCCGUCUCCAGACUGGGACAACGUCAGCCUGUCAGCAAAGAUGCUGAUCAGUCAGAUGCUCCAGGUGAACGUUGACGCUCGGUUCACUGCUGAGGAAGUCCUCUCCCACCCUUGGGUGACGGACGAGGCACCAGGAGAGUCCAACACUGUGAGCGGCCCGGAAGAUCACGACGGCGAAGAAGCGCAGGAAUCGGAUCGUGAAUCUCCGAUUCUGGAGACGAAACAAGUUCCCUCACCGCUGGUUUAGGCCACAUCCCACUGGUCUAAAGGAACCAACAUGAUGCAGACUGGGAACCAACUGGGAGCCAAUUAAUCUUCUUAAAGUCUCCAUUUAUCUCCAUUUACCUCCAACCGACUCCCUUUCAUUUCUAGGAAAGUAAAACUUUAAAUAUAGACAGAGGUAAUUAAACAUUCUCAACUAGUGACUUAAUACACACAAAGUGAAGUUAUCCCAGCAUUAUCUUAGGGAUGAGAUGACGUUUAAUCUAAAACCAAACUGUUCAGUAGCUGCAUCUCCUUUACAAGUGUGUGAAAAACUGUUGAUAUCCCAUUAAUGUUUGGAAAAAACUAUUUUACAAUUACGACACUCAGAAAAAACACAUUAAAAUUACAGGUCUUUAAAAAUCAUGGUGCACCAUUUUCCUCAAACUGCUUCCUGCCGUCUUAUUUGUCGUUUCCAGCAGUAGUAACAUCCAGUUGUUGAUCACAUAAUUUGUGCAAUACACUGAUUUUGAUAAAACCACCUCAUCCUAGCUCAAAAAGUUUUAUUGAGAAAUUUAAACUUUUUUCAAAAUUGCUGUUUCCUAACAAAAGAUUAUUGAAAUUAUUGGAGCAAUGGAAACGCAGCUACUGACAGUCAGACAAAUCCACUGCAUUCUUACAAAUUUAUUCAACAUAUCUACAGGACUUUCCCUCAGAUCUAGUCAGAAAUGUUAAAUAAGUUUGAGAAAUUUGCCUUAUCUCUCAAAAACUCAGCCAAAACAAAACCCAUUAUCUCAAAGUGGACUUUUGUAAACUAAACCAAUAGUCUUUUAUUUAGUUUCUUUUCCCUAAAUAAGGCUUAUUAUGGUUCAUGUUUAAGUUUUCAGAAAUGGGAUUAAUUUCUGAAUCGGUUUAUAGAGUAGCCUUAAAUCUAUUUUAAUUUAGAGCAAACUGAACGAGUUUGCAGUAUUUAAAAUGAACCCAAAGGUUAUUUUCUCCACUUUUCUCUCUCUUUGGUCUUCUGACACAGACUGAAUUUAAUGGUUAUUUACUCCAGACCAGUCUCUCCAGUAUUAAGUCCAGUUUAUCUUCUGGUAACCGUCCAGAGCGUGUGCCAAUUGAUCACCAGAAGGUUUUGCACAAGGCCCGGCUCUGACCCGUUAAAACUGGCACCGCUACUGAAACCCAUUCAUGCUGCUUGCAGGACUUCCAUGAACAUACAGACACCAUCCAGGUGCUGCCGACUCCUUCGAUUGGACUGAAGUUUCCUGAUUAAAUACCAUGGUCUGGAAUGAACUUUAAAUGGGAUUUUACUGAUUUUACUACAAGUAAGAACUGCUCUGACCUUCUCUGAAGUUCCUGCUAAGCCAGGAUGUCUUCCAUUUAUCUGAAAAUAUGUCCAAGGUUUGUCUCUCCUUCACUGGAGAAGACUCACGUCGUCUUCUUGCCAUCAACCAACUAAGGAGAUAUUUGAGCACUGUGCCUGUCUGCGCUGCUGAUCCAGUCUUUUUCUUUUUCCUUAAUAUUCCCAUCUUUAUAAAAAUAAUGCAGAAUCUUUGGAAAUAUCUCUCUAGAAGAAAUAAUUAUUUUCAUAUUUUUUGUCUGUUUAUCAACUGAAGUUUGAGUUGAUUGGAAGAGUCUCGGGAAAAUGAAGGCAGCAAAUCUGAAUUUUGGGUUUUCAUUCAGAUAUAAUGAGCAAGAAAGAAAAGUCAGAACUCAAAAUGCAUCCGUUUACCUUCGCUUGAGCUGAAUCCCAUUUCCUACUCAUCAUAUCCGGGCUACACUGCAAAAACACAAAAUAUUACCAAGUAUGUUUGUGUAGUUUCCAAGUUUUUCUCUUUGAAAAGAAAUUAGAAAGGAACUGUGGAAAUGGGAUUCAGCCUCAGUCUUUAACCUCUUCAUACCUUCACCUACUUUAAGACAUUGUGUUUUAUUCCUGAUCGACUGACUGACGUCCAUUUUUAUCACCUGAACUUUUCAAGCAUCGCUUUAAAGAUGCAUUUGGACUGAAUUCAAGGGCACACUGAAGUCCAAACGAUGAGCUCUUUGCUUCUCCUCACUUUAUAUCAUUUUAGAUAAAAGGGUAAGACUGUAAAUAAUGUAGAUAACGUUCUGUCCGUCAGUGUCUGUGUGAGUCUGUUGUGAAGUAGGAAAACAGUAGCAGAUUGAAGAAUAAGUAGUGUUACAAAUUAAAAGAACAAUCUCAUCGUCAAUGCCUCAAAACAAAAGAAAAAAAAAAUCCUACCUAAAGAAAAUGAUUUUCCACAUAACUAAUAAACCAUUUUGACAUUUCAAAUGUAAUUUUUAGAUAGUUAAAAAAAUAUUUGGGAUUCAGGAUUUUCAUGUGAUGACCUGUAAGGAAAGGCAGCAAACAUCCAUGAAUCUCUUUCUUUUAUAUAAUCAUGUUGCAUCCAACUAACGUUCGUCUCCAUUUGCACUUUUCAUAAAACUGUCUGUCCAAAGCUGAGUGUUAGUUUGAUGUUUUUGUUUUUAGGAAAGAGGAACUUUUGAAAUGGGUGUUUGCAUCAAUGGGAAAGAAGUUCCCGUCUAUAAAACUUGAAAAGAAAGUGUCUGAAUAAACACAUUGACCUGAUGCAGUGAUGCAACCUUUCCAUGGCCUUUGACCUUUGGUUGGAGCCGCUCACUCAGAGUUUGGCUGGAGGCUCUCCUGAAACUAUAAAUGUUCAAAUUCAUUGAAAUUCAACCAUUCUUGGCACAUAGAAAGCCUUUGUAACCAGGCUUCAAUUGAAGUAAAUAUUUAGAAGAAACUGAACUUUAACUCAUUAAUUUAGGCUGAAUUACUUUAAAAUGGGAAGCAUCUGAACAUUACAUGUACUGGUCCAGUGGUGUCCAAAUGAUUCACCUCAAAAUUCAUUAAAUUAAAGUUGCAAAAAUUAGAUUUUUAAAAAUAUUUAAAAAUAUUUUUAUGGAUUGUAUAUCAUUAAAGAUCCAAAACAUAAAUAGGGCUUUGGAGUGCUACCUUUUAAAAUAAAAACCUAAAAUUUUCAAAUUUUUACUUUCUGUUUAUUGGCCAAUUGUUACCAGUCUUGACUUGAAAAAAUGGCCCCUGACCCACACUUUGUUUUACAAACUCCUAAUAAAGCCCAAAGUGAUUUGAAUCAGGUGUGUCAAGGCACAAUUGCAAAAAAAAAAAAGAAGAAAAUCAGACUUGCUGAUGCAAACAGAUUUUCAGCUGCAUCAAGAUGUCUGCAGUCAAAUGUUUUAGUUUAUUUCAAUCAGAAAUAUGUAUCUGAAGUUUGGCAGUAAAAGUUUCUGAUGAGCUCAGGUUGUUAUCAACAGUCCCAGAUUACUCUACUUAUCACUGGCUGUAAAAUUGCAUCAACUUUUGUUAUUGAGAUACUAACAAGUCCAUCUUUCUGAGCUGUUGUUACCUUGGAGAAAAACUUCAGCCAAACUCUGGAUUGGCGACUUGACCUUGACCUUCUAUGCCUGCUAUGAACCCAGUGGUCUUAAUUCUUUUCUCUUUGCUUUAUACCAAACCAAGAGGAGCCUUCAGUUGUUUGUCCUGCUAACACCUGAGUCAAAAUUGAGAGGAAAUCUGUUCAGUUCAUGAGAAUCUUUGAUGACAAUGUUUUACUUUUUCAAACUGUAAAAAAAUGUUCUACCAAAUUUAUUUAGUCUUGCAGAUAAACUCCUAAGUGGUGCAUUAAGAUAACUGAAAACUUACAAAAAACAUAAAUCUAGAAUUGAAAGAAAAUAUUGAAAGUAUUAGGGCCAAGUUGAGAAAAUAAAAUAAUGAAAUUAUGCAAAUGAUUCAGAAUAAUAUGAGAAUGAAAUUGUGGUAUUACCAGAAAAAGUCAUAAUAUUGCAACUAUUUUUUAAAUAUUAUCACUUUAAUUUCAUAUUAUUAUAACUUUUCUCAUAUGACUAAUCUCAUAAUUUUAGUACUAUAUUCUCAUUAUUCUGACUUAAUUCAGAAUUCAACUUUAUUCUCACAUUAUUAAUGCUUUUUUUCCUCAUAAUUAAAUUUUUUACUUUUUCUUAGUGCAGCCCUAAUACUUAAUAGUAAAAGUACGUAUGCAGCAAUAGUUAAUAUCAUCUGCAUUUGCACUUAAGUUUGCUGUAAAUUGUCCAAAAAUCAGAGCUGGACUGAUUAUUAUUUUUUUUGUUUUUGCCACUUUUUUCUGCGUUUUCUGUCUCACUGACAGAAAACCAAAAGCAGAGAAGCAACUCGCAUCUUUCUAAACUUCCCAUUGAAACCUUGAGGCCAGUUCUCUUUAAAUCACAGAUAAAGUUUUAUUGACAGGCAGUGUUCAGGUUUUAUUGAUGUUGGACCAUACAACGUAGCGAUCAAAGAUAAGAUGGAGCUGAACUGAAUUUUUCCCAGAUUGAAUCAGGUGGCUUUACUUACUGGGCCCUGUUUUUUUGGGUGUGUGUGGAUGGGUGUGUAUGUGUGCGUGUGUGUUUACUUCAUUUCAAGCCUCAUUAUUAUUGAUUGAAACAAAUUUUCAUUUACAUAAAGUGACAAAAUUCCCAAUUUUGAAGGAAAUUGAUCUAAUUUUUCCAAAAAGCAGAUACUGAGAUUCAUGUUCCUUUAACUCAGUUACAACAUAGUAAUAACUGAAAUAUAUACAUUAGAUCAUUUUUGGUAGAGCGUUUUCUUCCUGAGAUGCCUUUGAUAAAAUGAGUCAAGUUUUCACAUGAAGGAAGCGUGAGAACAUCAGUGUUUUCUAAUGACAUGUUUUAAUCUCACAAUAAGCUGUAAUGUUUAUGUGUGUCGAGGUGAAAAUGUGUAUGAUCGCUGGGAUCUGGGUGAAAUGAUGAAUCCCUUAUUUGUUUUGAGAAAAGAUUAAUUAAACUGUGAAAUGAAAGUCUUGCUGA